CUCAAGUCAAAAGAGUCAAAAUGUCAAAACUCAAAACUCAAAUGUGUCUUUGAUAGUUUUUAUCCUCUACUCUAAAUACCUAUUGUUUAUUAAUUUUAUUUGGUAUCACAAGUUCACCUCUUAUUCAUCGAAUUGAAUAACCACGUUCAUGCCGAAUGCAAAGCUCAGUGAUGGCACUGAAUAUUGCAAAAAAAUUUAUGCGACGAAAUGAUUUAGUAAAACUACUCUAUCAAAAUGGUAAACAGCUUCUGCAUAGUAAAACUUGUUUAUUUACCAUAAACCAUGAGAGUUUUUAUUCUACACUUGCUCGAAUACAUUUUGAAAAGCAAUUUAAAUUUGGGAGACGAAUUUUAAACAGUCAUUUUUACUCCGUAAAAACUGCACACGAGAGCGACGCUGAAUACCAUAAAGAACAUAAUAUUACUAUUGUUGGAGAUGAUGUACCUAGCCCAUACAAAGACAUAGAUAACAGUUACUUUCCAGAUUACAUAAAAGAGUUUUUGAAUGCACAAGGCUUUACAAAACCGACAGUUAUACAGGCUCAAGGCUGGCCAAUUGCCAUUGCUGGUAAAAACUUUGUUGGUAUUGCACAGACUGGAACUGGCAAAACUCUUGCAUACUUGUUACCUGCGGUUAUUCAGCUUAAAGAGAAGGCAGCACGAAAAGGAAGAGGUCCGAGGGUUUUAGUUCUUGCACCUACAAGAGAGCUAGCCAGACAAAUUGAAGAAGUGGCAAAGGAAUUUCAAACACUGUUCAAUAUAAGAUGUUUGUGUAUAUAUGGUGGUGUGAGCAGAAUUCCACAGAUGGAAGCACUGAGAAAUGGAGUAGAUAUACUUAUAGCUACGCCCGGUAGGUUGAAUGAUUUCCUUGACAGCAAAGUUACAAAUCUGAGUCGAUGUGGCUAUGUAGUAUUGGAUGAAGCUGACAGAAUGUUGGAUAUGGGCUUUGAACCACAAAUCAGACAGGCCUUGGAAGGUGUACCACUUGAGAGACAAAUCUUAAUGUUCUCAGCUACCUGGCCUAAAGAAGUGCAACACUUGGCGAAGGAUUAUCUUGGGGAUUUUGUGCAAGUUAAUGUUGGAUCAACAGAGUUGUCAGCUAAUCAUAAUAUUAAGCAGCAUAUUCAUGUUUGUGAACAGGAAGAAAAAAUGGACAAGUUCAAAUCAAUAAUGCAUGAAAUCUCAGGUGAAGGUUUUGGGAAAGUGUUAGUAUUUACAAACACAAAGAGAUUUGUGGACAGUUUGACACUAUCACUCAAGAGAAAUGGCUGGCCAGCGGUGGGCAUUCACGGUGACAAGUCACAACUUCAGCGAGACAUAACAAUAAAUAAAUUUAGAAGUGGCGCUACUAAUGUUCUUGUUGCUACUGAUGUUGCAGCCAGAGGGUUAGAUGUUGAUGGUGUCACUCACGUAAUUAACUACGAUUUUCCGAACACAUCCGAAGAUUACAUACACAGAAUCGGAAGGACAGGUCGUCUGCAGAACAAAGGUGUCGCCCAUACUAUACUUACCACCGAAGAUGCACGGCAAGCUAAAAGCCUGAUAGCUGUUUUAAAAGAAGCAAAACAGGAAAUUCCAAAAGAGCUGGAAGAUUUGGCUAAUGAUUACAAAAGCCUGAAAAUAAACGAAAGACAAUCAAGAUUCUCACAAAAGAAGCCAUGGGCCCCCAAGAAAUGGAAUAAAUUCCGUAGUAAUAGUUAUAACAGAUACUAGCUAUGCUAGCUUUUAGCUGCUGCCUGAUGUAGGGAUGAUAUUUUACAUUAGAUUUGGCGUGACUUAAAAAGAGCUCUGACCCUCAACCUGUGCAGUGGACGAUUUAUCGAUCUAUUUGUUGGGAAGAAAAGAGUUACAGUUUCCUUCCCUUCUUCUUUUCUGUCUUCUAGAGUUAAUUUUACCUGAAAUUAAUUGGAUUAGUCUAGUUAAUUUCAGGUAAAAUUAGCUCUCGAAGUCCCGUAAAUUCACUUUCUAUCUAAUAUAUGAAUUGAUGGUACAAUGGCGUCGAUUCUGAUGUUUGUCUCUAAACUAAAUAUCUGUAUCUUUUUCUUUCUAAUAUUGCCAAAAAGGACGGACGAUGGAUUUUAAAUUAAAGACUAAAGGCUAGUUCAGACUACAUUAGUAUUUUAGUCGAGUAGCGACUAAUUUAGUAACUAAAGGUGUCUGUACACGAAAAAAUUUACUCUACUCUACCAAAUUUUCGAUGUUCAGACACUUUUAGUUACCUACUAAACUACUCGCUACUCGACUAAAAUACCUACGAAUGUAGUAGUCCGAACUAGCCUUAGAUUUUAGUGCACUGCUAUACACACGACUGGCACGAGGUUUGAUAGUUCUAAAUUCAAAACUGCCAAUCUGUGUCUGUUCUUUUCAAAUUACAUUGGUAAGAAAAAGAUGUGAAUACUUUAAAAUUAAGUUGUAAUCAGAAUCAGUACCAUAGUGUAACAAUUUAUUUAAGAUAAUCUAGUUCAAGUAAUAUGUUUAUGUAUAUGUGAUAGAAAUAAAUUUUUUAGAAGGU